CUCUAUCACUCAACAAUCUUACUCAGUGAACUCAAGAGUGCUUAAGAAAGUUGCUACCUUCAAAGCAUCAGUCAUCCAGCGCAAGAACAUGUUGCCAAGGCUGCUCCUUCUCCUCAUCGCUGGGAUUAUUCUAGUGGGUUAUGGGACUGCACAGAGACUACCAAGAGUCAAAAGACAAAAUCUGAAGGUCCGGAUCAAUGCCACCGGCGACACUAUUGUCCUCAAGUUUGUUCGCCCACGCCCUGACAUGAAACUUGAAGGCUUCAUCCUUGGAUAUGGAAGCAGCAUGUUUUCCAAGCAGUACAUUCAACUGCCCGAGAAUGGAAAACCCUAUGAAACUGAAGUUGAUGCCGAACCCAAGUACUUAAUAGCUGUGCAGCCAAUUCCAGACAAUGAUGUGAAAAAGCAGUGCACAGGUCAAGUCAACCUCCAAAAGCCACUCCACUUAAUCAUUGGAAGUGUGACCCCGAGCUCAGUCUUGCUGUCCUGGGGCACAUUCCUUAAAACCCCCUUCGAGGGAAACAUAAUGAACGACUGUCUGGAAGAUGGACACUACACAGUGCGCUACAGAGAAAAAGAAAGAAACAAGAAAUGGAACUACGAGAACUGCCCAAUCAGUGACACCGUCAUUGAUAGGCUGAAGCCCAAUACCAAGUAUGAAUUUGGAGUGAGAGCUUCAAAGGGCAAGCAAGAUGGACUGUGGAGCAAACCUAUUGUUCACCAGACAAAUGCCGGAUCUCCAGACAAAAUCAAAGGACAGAUCGACAACCCUGGGAACAAGAUCAUUAUAGAUCAACUCAGGAAGCCUCAGUUGCCAGACAUUACAGGGCUGAACAACAGAAAGACAAUUCACCGAACUCGGAAUCCCCCUCGGCUUGUUUAUAACAGGACAAUCGACAGAAGGCCUCUUCAGCCUAAAUCACCUGGACUUGCAUCAAAGAUAUCUUUUGUGCCAAGUGAAAAGCACCAGGACACGUCCCAACCUCAAACGUCCAAUGUACCCGAGUGGUCACAGGUUACACUUGGCAAAGCGAAUAAUUUCCAAUACACCACACCCUCGUCAGCAGAUGCGACUUACUCCUUCCCCCAUCAACGACCAGCUGAAACUCUGACUCCCUCAGUCAACCCAAUUGCUUUCUCUUCUGUUCACGGUGAAAGAAAUCAGGAACCCAAACCAACAAAUGCACCUCAAAGACCAAAGAUUUUUUUGGCUAAUGGUGAUGCACACCAAGGACAUGUUAUAUCCAGGCCAUCUAAUGCAACCCAGAGACCAAAGACUUACUGGGCUAAUGGGGAUGGACGUAUUCUACCAAAUGGUGAAAGACGUAUUCUACCCAAUGGUGAAGGACGUAUUCUACCCAAUGGUGAAAGACAUAUUCUACCCAAUGGUGAAGGACGUAUUCUACCCAAUGGUGAAGGACGUAUUCUACCCAAUGGUGAAGGACGUAUUCUACCCAAUGGUGAAAGACAUAUUCUACCCAAUGGUGAAGGACGUAUUCUACCCAAUGGUGAAAGACGUAUUCUACCCAAUGGUGAAGGACGUGUUCCACCCAAUGGUGAAGGACGUAUUCUACCCAAUGGUGAAGGACGUAUUCUACCCAAUGGUGAAAGACGUAUUCUACCCAAUGGUGAAAGACAUAUUCUACCCAAUGGUGAAGGGCGUAUUCUACCUAAUGGUGAAAGACGUAUUCUACCCAAUGGUGAAGGACGUAUUCUACCAAAACCCUUUAAUGCAACCCAGAGACACACACAUUACUGGGCUAAUGGUGACGGACGUAUUCCACCCUUUAAUCCCAACCAAAGACCAAAGAUUUACUGGGCAAAUGGAGAAGGCCGUAUUCUACCUAAAUCCUCUAAUACGACCCAAAGAGCAAAGAUUCACGGGGGUAAAGCAUACCCCUUUAAAAACACCACAUCUUUAUCAGCUGCAGUGGUGCCACACACUUCUCCCAGAGCACUGCCAACCAGAAACAUGCCUUCUUCAGUCAAACCGGCUGCUUUCCCUUCAGCUAAUGGCGAAACACUUCAGGGGCAAGCUCAAUCCAGGCCAACUAACACUUCUCAAAGAACAAAGAGUCUCUGGGCACAUGGUGAUCACCACAAGGGAAUCUCACAGUCAAAAUCACACCAUGUUCCUCAGUGGCCAAGGAUUCAAUUGGCGUCUCCUCUGCAACGUUCCCCCUCUGACUCCAGCAGAAGGAGGCAGAACACAGUGGUUGGCAAGCCUGGAAACAGCGUCAAGUUAACAGAUGACCGCCAAUUACCAGACAAGUCAUCUGUUCUCAGGACGGUUUUGUCUUCAGUAACUGAAAAACCAGCAAAACAAGAAAGGAAACUGAUGACAGCAGCGGAUAUAAGAAUAAAUGCAACAAGGAUGGAACCUGCAGAUAAUUCUUCAGUCUUUAACCCAGCUCCUCUGUUGGAAAUCGACUCCAUGGGAAAGGAACGUUUCAUUGCUCCUCAUGUGAAGUACAUGAUGAAGGAGCCAGACGAUCCUUGUUCCAUCACAGAGUCUCUCAGACACUUCCCUGAAGAGGAGGAAGCCUUGAAUCAAGACAUCACAGGCCCACCUAAGCACCCUCCCUCCAACUUGACCGUGGUGACCGUGGAGGGCUGCUCUUCCUUCGUCAUCCUGGACUGGCAGAAAGCGGAUAAUGAUUCUGCAACAGAAUAUGAAGUAAUCUCCAAGUCAACAGGACCUGCAGGAAAUGAGGAAUCCGUAACGGUUACAAACCAGACCCACACAGCAGUGGAAAACCUGAAAGCAGACUCCAGUUAUGAGUUUACAGUACAACCCAAAAAUGUACUUGGAGUGGGUCCACCCAGUGAAGUAGUGCCAUUUAGCACAGAAUCAGCGGACCCCCGGGUUAGUGAAUACAUUUCAGGGAAAGAUGCCAUUUGGACAGAGUACCCAUUCCAGUCGGACUCUUACUCUGAAUGCAAUGGGAAGCAGUUUGUUAAGAGGACGUGGUAUCGCAAGUUUGUUGGUGUGCAGCUCUGUAACUCGUUAAGAUAUAAGAUUUAUCUCAGUGACACUCUUGCAGGAACAUUCUACAAUAUAGGGGACCAGACAGGUCAUGGAGAAGACCACUGUCAGUUUGUGGAUUCAUUUUUAGAUGGACGAACUGGACAGCAGUUCCCAAAUGACCAGCUGCCACAAAGACAAGGUUACUACAGAGCUAUUAGGCAAGAACCAGUCACUUUUGGUGAAAUAGGCGGCAAAGCACAGAUUAACUACGUCCAAUGGUACGAAUGUGGAACGACAAUACCAGGAAAGUGGUAGAACCAAUGGAAGAGCAACUGAAAAGACUGAGGAUGCGGGCAGAAGAAAGGGGAGGCAUAAGGAAAGAUGUCUCAUGUAUUUUUACAGCAUUCCUGACAUGUAGACCUUAUUAUGUAUAAAAUGUGUACAGGACCUCUCCAUCAAGAAUUUUAUUGAGUAUAAUUGUAAUAUGUAAUAGUUUAAGUUUGCUAACUGUAUUUAUCAAAUGUGUCAAAGAAACUCAAACAAACAAACAAACAAAAAAAGGAUUAAUUCACAGAAAUAGAAACAAAUAUUGGGAAGCUGGCUACCUAAACCUAUUUUGAUUACAAUUUGUAUAUUAUUAUUUAUCAGAUAAUGUUGUAUUAAAUGUUACUUCUGGUGGUUUAUCAGAUUUUAAGGGAAUGGUUUAAGUUACAAUGCUUUAGAGCAGGGGUCUCCAAUCCUGGUCCUGGAGGGCCGGUGUCCCUCCUGGUUUUCUUAUUAGAAGUUUAAUUGGUCCCUCCAGGACCAGGCUUUGAGACCCCUGCUCUAGACUGCUGCAGAGUGAAUGCAUCUCAGCUGGACCCAGAUAUUUGCCCAUUUUAAUGUGUAUUUUAACCCAGUAGUGGUAGUGGAUUUCUGCCAAUAUAACACAAGAGAUGGUUCCGGAGUAUGAAUUCAUACAACAUAAAAAGCACAAUUUUGUUAUAAUGAUUUGUGGUGAUAUAUAGAUAUGUUUUUAUACUAUUAUAUAAGACUAAAUAUAGGAGUAGUCUUAAUAUUAACAUAUGGCUAUGUAUGUAUGUGUAUAUAUAUAUAAUGUAAUUUAUCACAUAGCAUUACUUUUCCUACAGACAGUCUUGAGUAGUUCCAUCCUUAUUCAUAACACUGCUGCUUGUUAGAAAGUUUAGGGGUUUUACCUUCCUUAUAGAUUCAACCCCACUCACCCGCACUGCACAUAAUUUACGAAUCCUUUGUUCUAUAAAACUCGUUAGAAGCUCUGUGCCUAAUCGCUUUCCUCUGGAUAAAGUACAAGUCUACAACGACAGCCUGAGGGGUCUACAAUUGCAGUUUUCAUAAUUUAAUGUAUUUAUAUGUAUAUGGAGCCAGAAAGUAGGAAACAUUCAACCUUAGAUAAAACUUUCCCCUGAGCCUGUAAACCACCAGUUGCUACAUUUUUAUGUCCUGCUUUUGUAAUCUCUUCCUUAAAUCAUAGAGCAAUUAUGGGUGUGGUAUUUAUAUAUUCUAGGUUGAGUUUACUGCAUAUAAGGAUAAUGUAAGUGAAUAUAUAUAUAUAUAUAUAUAUAUAUAUAUAUAUAUAUAGAUAUAUAGAUAUAUAUAUAUAUAUAUACACACACACACACAUAUUACUUUCUGGGGUUUAUGUUUUGUACAGAUUUAAAACAAAUAAAAAAAAUAAUUGUGAGUGAUUGUAGUCAGUUAUUAAACAUACAUACAUUGUACACCAUCACAACCUUUCCAACCAAUCAGAUCACUCUGUUGCCAUAGGAUAUGUUUUUGACACACUACAUAAUUUCUGUAUGAAAUGGAACCAAUUUAAGAUUUAAGAAACAUCCCAUCACUACGGCAAGCGUGGAGACGAAGGCAGAAGAGAGCAAAGAAAAAAAGCAAAAGUCAUUGUAAUAGUGUCCGAGAAAAAAAGCAAAAGACAUUGUAAUAGUGUCCGAGAAAAAAAGCAAAAGACAUUGUAAUAGUGUCUGAGAAAAAAAGCAAAAGACAUUGUAAUAGUGUCUGAGAAAAAAAGCAAAAGACAUUGUAAUAGUGUCUGAGAAAAAAAGCAAAAGACAUUGUAAUAGUGUCCGAGAAAAAAAGCAAAAGACAUUGUAAUAGUGUCCGAGAAAAAAAGCAAAAGACAUUGUAAUAGUGUCUGAGAAAAAAAGCAAAAGACAUUGUAAUAGUGUCCGAGAAAAAAAGCAAAAGACAGAUAACAACACGCUCCAAGGCAUUUUUCUAUAAAGUAAUAUAUGAUUUGUUUGUGAACUCAGAGGUAAGCAUUCCACAUUCUAAAAUAAAUAUUAGAAUACAGAUACAAAUGAUUUCAAGACAUUUACAGACAUAAAUGGGAGAAGACUAAUGUUUUUAUUAAAGUGGUACAUUUGGUAUGCACAGUAAAAUGUUUUGGAUGUUUUGAACAAUUUCUCAUGUUACUCAUGUAAACAAUAUUGAUUACUGAAAGUAAUAAACCUUUACAGAAAGGUAAAUUGCAGAGAAGAUCCAGCUGCCUGAGAUGCAGAUUUUCACAUACUCUAAUCUUAGAAAAAAUUAAAAUAUAUAUAAAAGGGCAAUCUUCAAGGGUAAUUGUCAUCAAAAGUCAUCUUUGAUAAAGAGUUAUCGUCGAAAUGUUUGACAAAUAAUUUAACCUUAGUUUUAGUACUACUAUUUGUCAAUAUGUAAACAGUGGCCAUUGUCAGUGCUUUGUUUUGAUCCACAUUAAGACUAUGCUCAGUGGCCAUGAUCAACUGUUUAACACACGUCACUAGUCCAGCGGUGUACUACUCUGGCCUUCAAGUGCCAUUCCAGUCUGAGUUUUUGUUUCAAUCAGGUCCAAAAUAAGUGAAUUAACCCUUAGUGAGUUAAAUUAACUACUGCAAUUUGGAACAUACUUGGAAAAAAAGAUCUAAACUGGAUCUCAAGGACCAGAACUGUGCACCACUACAUGAGUCAUUGUGUGACCUAUUAAUCCAUGUAACAAAAAAGUAUGCUUUUCAAUUGUUCUGUACAGACUAACAAUACUGUCAGUUACACAGUAUUAACUGUAACUCCCUUAAAGUCCAUAUCUCACAUUGAAAAUCA